UUAAAAAAAUGCCAUCAAAAUUUCUUUUUAAUAGUUUAUAGAUUGUGAAGAUUGAGUUUACAAAAAAAUAUAACGAUUUUAAUCAGUUUCAAUCAAAAAAAAUUGUUAAAUUUAGUAUGUCAAAUCGUACGUCUAUGGAAUGUGAUACAGGAACAAAUAUGGUAACUAUAUACAGUGUACAUGUGAAUAAAUAGUACUAAGACUAGUGAUUUUCUCAUUGAUACGCAAUGAAAAUAGAGAACAAACGUUUUGUAUUAAGCUGUAUUUCCGAUGCCAGAAAAGUGAUUACAUGCUACCAUUUGCAGAAAUCGAAAAAAAUUCGAAAGUCGAAAAAAGAUCCAGGCCAACGACGACAAAAACAACAACGAAACUCAGUGCAUUCCAAAUGCAAUCAGAUAUGAAUGUGUAGAUAAAAAAAAAUUAAAAUAAAACUGUGAUUGCUGGCCAACUGGUGAUAUGAGCGCAGAGUUAGUUUAGUGACACUCGACUGAAUGAAAAAUAUGUGAGUGUAACAAAUAAAAAAAUAAUUUAUUUAAAUAAAAAAGGCAGAAAAUCACAUUGUGCGAAAUAAGCAAACGAUACAGUAUCGUGUGGUUUUUUGGUGUAUCAAUCGAAGUGAAAUAAAAAUAAAAAAAGAACAAAACUCGUAUGAAAACAACAUCCAUAACACAGUGAAUCGAAAAGCAGAAAUAAAAAUACACAAAUUAUGAGGAAAACAUGAAUUUGUAAUGAAUUCGUGACAAUUCUUUCUUGGUAUCGCGCGCGCGUCUCACUUUCAUGCUUCUCUCUCUUCCUUUGUGAGUGUGUGUGUUUUUGUCUCGCUUUUAUUUCACAUUGCUACGCCUUCUUCGAGAAGAGAUUCCGAUUGUUUCUGCUCACUUGAAUUUGAAUCUGUUGAAUGAGUAAGUUUUUUUCGUGUCGGUUGGAAUUGAAAAAAAAAAAACACAGAGAGACAUGUAAUUUUGUGGUGAUUCCCUUGAAUUUUUACAAUAAAAGAAUAAGAAGCGAUAAGAAGAAAAAACCGGAGAGACAGAAAACAGUGAUAAUUAUGGUCAUAGGUAACGACAGCAGCCGCUACAUAGAAUUGACUAAAUAGGAUGCCACCAGUUGCUUUCGUGAGUGAUGUUACAACAGUGUUUUGUUGAUUUCUCAUUAGCAAGUGAUUAGAGCAAUAUAACCGCAUCACACGACCCAUACAUAAGCAACAAAGUUCGGAAAACAACGAAGGAACAAGACUUCCAUCAGAAUUUAAAAUUAUCAAAGUAAAUUCCGUUUUUAUGGACCAACAUGUCACAACGAGAUUUUUCAGAGAAUGAUACAGACUGUACCCCGGAAUUGCAAUUACAUGUCUCCGUUGCAAAUAGAGCUCUCUUUCUGGAAAAGGUGCGUCAAUCAAAUGCAGCUUGCCAAAAUGGAGACUUCGCUACAGCCGUCGCAUUAUACACCGACGCAUUAACACUCGAUCCAACAAAUUAUAUCUUAUACAGUAAUCGUUCAGCGGCACGUUUAAAACAAGGUCAAUUUUCAUUGGCAUUGCAGGAUGCUAACAAAGCUAAAGAACUGUGUCCACAAUGGGGUAAAGCCUAUUUCCGACAAGGCGUAGCUCUGCAAUGCCUGCGAAGGUAUGGUGAAGCACUGGCAGCGUUCAGUGCUGGUUUGGCUCAAGAUUCGAAUAGCAAACAGUUGUUGAGUGGUUUGAUUGAAGCAUCAAUUAAAAGUCCAUUACGCGCUGCUCUCGAACCGACUUUUCAUCAACUAUCCAAAUUAUGUGCAAUGAACAAUUUCGUCGUUAUUUCGGUAAUUGGCCAAGAAUUGCUACAGGUGGGCCAAUAUCACUCAGCUGUCACUGUUCUGGAAUCAGCAUUGCGAAUCGGAACAUGUUCACUGAAACUGAGAGGAUCGGUGUUUAGUGCAUUGAGUUCAGCUUACUGGGCGCUUAAUCAACUUGAUAAGGCAAUAGCUUACAUGCAACAAGACUUGGCUGUUGCCAAAAGUUUGGGUGAUUCGCAGGGAGAAGGGAGAGCUCACGGCAAUUUGGGAAAGUACUUUUUUAGCAAAGGUUCAUACAAAGAGGCAUUAACAUCUCAUCGCUAUCAACUUGUUCUCGCCAUGAAAUUCAAAGAUUCAGAGGCAGCAGCAUCUGCACUAACAUCAUUAGGUCAUGUAUAUACAGCGAUUGGGGACUAUUCAAAUGCGUUGGCAAGCCACAAACAGUGUGUUCAACUAGUAAAGCAAAUUGGAGAUCGACUUCAAGAGGCCCGUGAAAUUGGUAAUGUCGGUGCCGUGUAUUUGGCAAUGGGCGACUUUGAUAGUGCCGUUGAAUGUCAUACGAAACAUCUUCGAUUGGCACGGAAACUCAAUAAUCCAGUGGAAGAAGCGCGUGCCUACUCAAAUUUAGGAUCAAGUCAUCAUUAUCGUCGAAAUUUUUCACAAGCAAUCAUUUUUCAUGAGCAAGUUCUGAGAAUAGCACAAAAUUUAGGAGAUAAAUCUAUUGAGGCGAGAGCAUAUGCCGGUCUAGGACAUGCUGCACGUUGUGCAAAUGAUUUUACACAAGCAAAAAAAUUUCACGAAAAACAACUUGAAAUGGCCUUGUCUGCUCGAGAUAAAAUUGGAGAAGGUCGAGCAUGCAGCAAUCUGGGAAUUGUAUAUCAAUUGAUUGGUGAUUACGAUGGUGCAUUGAAAUUACAUCAAGCACACCUAACAAUUUCUCGUACACUUUCGGAUAAAGCGGGCAUGGGACGAGCCUUUGGCAAUAUGGGUAAUGCAUAUUCAGCAGCAGGGCUGUACGAAGCAGCAAUUAAAUACCAUAAACAAGAAUUAACCAUUAGCAAGGAAGUGCGUGAUAGAAGUGCUGAGGCUUCCACGCACGGAAAUCUAGCGGUCGCAUAUCAAGCUUUGGGCGCUUAUGAUAUGGCACUGAUACACUACCAAGCCCAUUUGAAUAUCGCAAGAGAAUUGAAGGACACGGCGGGUGAAGCGUGCGCUUUAUUGAAUCUGGGAAAUUGUUUGAGCUCACGUCAAGAAUUUGUGAAAGCCAUUCCUUAUUAUGAACAGUAUUUAAUGCUUUCACAAGAGCUUGGUGAUAUUGUGGCUGAAGGAAAAGCAUGUCACUUCUUAGGAUAUGCACAUUAUUGCAUUUCAAAUUACCGUGAAGCCGUUCGAUAUUAUGAUCAAGAUUUGGCGUUGGCCAAAGACUUACAAGAUAAGAUGAAUAUGGGAAGAGCAUAUUGUAAUUUGGGCUUGGCUCAUUUGGGAUUAAAUAAUACAAGCGCAGCACUGGAAUGCCAAAAAUAUUUUUUAGCCAUCGCUCAUAUGACAAAUCAUCUGCCUGGAAAGUUUAGGGCAUUAGGUAACAUUGGUGACGUUUUAAUCCGAAGCGGUGAAAUUGAAGAGGCAGCCAAAAUGUAUCAGAGACAAUUAACGCUCGCUCGACAAUAUAGGGAGAGAGCAAUGGAGGCCACAUCCUAUGGCGCACUCGGCUUAGCAUUUCGUUUGAUGAAAAAAUUCGAUAAAGCACUUUGCUAUCAUACACAGGAAUUGACCCUGCGACAAGAGAUUUGUGAUAUGCUGGGUGAAUGUCGCGCAUUGUCCCACCUUGGUGCUGUUCAUAUGGCUUUACAAAAUUAUACGCAUGCUAUAAAGUGCUAUCAGGAGCAGUUGGAACGAGCACAAGACUUACAAGAUUCACCUUUAGAAGCAGAAGCUUUCGGGAAUUUGGGAAUCGCCAAAUUAAAUAGUGGUCAUUAUGAAAAUGCAAUUGGGUAUUUGGAAAUGCAAUUGGGAACAUUGGAACGAGUAAAUUCCGCAACUGCACAGCUUGAUCGUGCACGUGCUUUAGGUCAUUUAGCUGAUUGUUACGAUGCACUUAACGAUUUUGAAGAAGGUAUCAAAUGCCAUGAGCGGCACCUAAAGCUAGCCAUUGCUUUGCAAAGUCUACGGGAUCAAGAACGAGCUUAUAAUGGCCUAUGCCAUAGCCAUAAAUCGAUUGGAAAUUUACAAGAAGCACUGGUUUAUUCAGAAAAGAGACUUGUUGUGGCACAUGAACUUGGAAAUGAAGCGAAGGCGGCUGCUUUUGGAGAUCUGGGUAACAUUCACAGUGCAUUAAAAAAUUACGAGCACGCCGUACAAUGUCUGGAACAUCAACGAAAUAUUGCUCAAGAGCUGGGUGAUCGCUAUGCAGUUUCAGAUGCACAAAGUAGUUUAGGCCAGGUAUUUCUUCAAAUGAACGAUUUGGAGAGUGCAAAGAAACUUCAUUUAAUGGACCAGGAACUGUGUGAAAGUCUUGGAAAUGCCAGUUUGCAAUCACGAUGCUAUGGAAAUUUGGGUGCCGUUUAUGAAAAAUUGAAUAAUUUCAACGAAGCCAUACGGCAAUUUGAAAAACAGCUUCAACUGGCUUUCGAUCGCUUAACAAAGGUUUAUGCAUGUGAAUCAUUGGGCAGAGUAUUUCAUACGAUUGGCGAAACAUCACAAGCAAUAAAUUUUCUUCGCCAAGGCCUUGUCAUAUCACAAUCGCUGAAUAAAUCCGAAGAAGAAGCGAAAAUAAGGCAUCGCCUUGGUUUGGUAUUAAUUGAUUCGGGUGACAAUGAAAAUGCUCGUGCAAAUUUUGAAACGGCCGCACAAAUUCUCGAAUCUGUUAGGUUUGAACAACGAUCUCCUGAACUCAAACAACAAUUGUUUUGUUUACAAACAAAAUGUUAUCACUUGUUACAAAAGAUUCUGGUACAUAUGGGUAAAAAUGAAGAAGCUUUGGUUGCCGCUGAGCGCUGUAAAUCGCGCGUAGCACUCGAUACAAGCAACUCCAGAAAAACUCUUGUCACUUGCAGCGAAAGCAUUUUUGAUGUAGUCAAUAAAACGAAAACGAAUGUUAUCUACUUUAGUUUGGCCGAUGAUGAAUUGUACACAUGGUUCUUGAGAGAUCGGCAAAUUAUUCGCUUUAACGCGAUUGAGGUGAAUGAAAUAAAUUUUCCACUUCGUGGUCAAACGGAGGAAUUCAUAAAGUCGCUAAAUAAACGUGAGCUAUUGGAAAGUUACAUUUCAAUGGUGCGUGAUGAUUUGGGCAUUAAUUCAGAAAAUCAACAAGAAAAUGAAUGGAGAUCAUCUGAAAAUUUGUUGGACGACUUUGCGAGUGAACGUGCUGGACCCUUUUUAAGAAUGGUUAACCGAAAUCAUUUAUUGAACUCCAGCAAUUACUCAUUGAGUUCAUUAUUCAGCUUGGGCAGCGUGGGAGGAUCUGUUGCAAGCAGCUUACAAGGAUCGACAAGAUCAAUUAGCAGCCUUCAAGGGUCGACCAGAUCACGUCGAGCUUUUCCUUUGCCACAAUGGCAAGGUCCAAGUUCAUUACACGCUUUAUAUAGUUUACUACUAGCACCAUUUGAAGAUUUAUUGCCAAGCAGUUCAUCAACCCAUCGAACUGGGUACAAAGAGAUGAUUUUGGUGUUGGAAAAUGAAUUGUAUCUUAUUCCAUUUGCUGUGUUGCGUGGUCAAGAUGGAGCUGAAUAUUUGUCGGAACGAUGUUCACUACUGACAGUUCCGUCUCUAUUUACAUUGCGUCAAAAGAGUCGAGUUAAGCGCAAUCAGCCAACGAACGGAACUACCAGCGUUCCAUUGGUCGUUGGUCCCCGACUACCAUUGACUGAAUCAACAUGGACAGAAUCAUCAGCCAAUUUACAAGAAGCAGCAAUGGUUUCGGAUAUGCUUCAAGCAAAAACAUUAGUCGCUUCAAAUGCAACCAAAAACAAUGUAUUGGCCGAACUAUCAACAGCAGAAUGUGUACACUUUGCGGCGGCCCUAAGUUGGAAAAUGUCUGGAAUAGUAUUAAAUCCCGGGGGCGAUAUGUUGGAUUCUUCGUCUCACAAACGUUUCUAUUCAGGUGGUAAUAAUAAAGAUAACGGUGGAACUAACAACGAAAUUGAUACCGAAGAUGAAGGAAAUGAAAUGACAGGAAAUAACAAUAUAAAUGAUAAUCCAUCAUUCAAUAUAAAUGAUUUCGUGCUAACAGUGGAUGACAUUAAUAAUGUUAAACUUAAUGCUAAGUUGGUUGUUUUGAGCGCUCAUAAUUCACUUGAUCCAAUUAAUAGCAAUGGCGUUGCGAAUUUAUCAGAUAGUUGGUUGCGUGCAGGUGCAGGAGCCAUUUUGCUGUCACUUUGGCCUGUGCCAGAAACAGCAACCAAGAUUUUACUUCGUGCAUUUUAUUCGGCUUUACUACAAGGAGCCAGAGCAGCGAGAGCAUUGGCUGAAGCCAUGCAAACAGUACAACAUACAAAGCACUUCGCCCAUCCGUCCAAUUGGGCUGGAUUUCUACUGAUUGGAGGAAAUGUCCGAAUUUCAAAUAAAAUUGCAUUGAUUGGACAAGCUUUAUGCGAAUUAGUAAAAACUCCCGAAAAAUGUCGUGAUGCUCUUCGAGUUUGUUUGCAUUUGGUUGAGAAGAGUUUGCAACGAAUUCACAGAGGACAAAAAAAUGCAAUGUAUACGACGCAGAAAAGUAUUGAGAAUAAAUGUGGCAUUGCUGAUGGUUGGAAAGAAUUGCUUAUGGCUGUUGGAUUUAGAUUUGAGCCAUCUGCGAAUGGGAUACCAAGCAGUGUAUUUUUUCCGCAAACCAACCCAGACGAACGUCUUUCUCAAUGUUCCGCCAGUCUACAAGCUCUUCUUGCUCUAUCGCCGUCAACACUUCAUGCUCUUUCAAAACUUGUACUGGUAAACAAUGCCGAUAUAGCUGAUGAAAUUAUUGGAGUUAUGCGAAAUGUUGUAAAUGUUUUAUCGCAAUAUCCGCCAAAGUGUAAUCCAGAACUAGAUACUAGCAUCGAUGUGCCAUUGAGUGUACGUUUGUGGCGUGUAUCCGGUUGUCAUGAAUUGUUGGCUUCCUUGAGUUUUGAUCUAAUGGAAGUUGGUCAGGAUCAAGUGACUUUGCGAACAGGAAAACAAGCCAAUCGUCGCAAUUGUCAAUUUGUUUUACAAGCUCUGCUCGCGCUUUUUGACACACAGGAGGCACCAAAAAGUAUUGGCAUCGAUUCGAGUAGUAGUUGUGAAUCACUGAAUGAUGAAUCACGUCAAGAGAAUACAAUGAGUCCAAUAGCAGGCACAACAACCAGCAGCCAACAACGAAGUAUUUCACCAGUCGGAACAGUGAAAUCGUUGAAUCUGAAAAUGUCAAGGCCAAUGAUUCCGCAUCGUCCAUUGAUGGGCAGUGCUAGUGCAUUCACUUCAUACGUUCGUAAGAGAGGCGAACCGGAUGGGGGCCGAGAGACAAACGCUUCAUCGAUACUUACCAACAUCGAAUUGAACAAUACUGACAGUGACAUUUCUGAUGGAUAUUCAACACAAGGUGUAAAUCGUUUCGAAGCAAAACCAAAAAUUAACUAUACAAAUCUAAGAGCACCGAUCAAAGUAUGUGCAAGGCCUGGCGGCGGUGAAAAUUAUGGUGAUUUGGCAUUUACACCCAGUCCACCGAUUGCAUUACAACAUGUUGAUAAUAACGUUUCAAUGGCAUUGGCACAUCAAACAAGAAUAAGAAAUUUGUAUUCAGCAAGUACAAUCAAUAAUCAAUCGAAUGAUUCUCAUGUAUCUUCACAACGUCCCGAUGAUAGUUCGAGUUCAACAAGUUCAACAAAUGACUGGGAAGGUUCUGGUCAUGCGACAGUUCUGCGUCGAGCACAACAGAAUCAAGCGAAUGGUCUACCACCAAUGCCGCCGCCACGGCAAAUGUUGCCAUUAGUGGAGAGUUUACGACCACAAGUACCAUCGAUCUUCAAUAAUUUGAAUGGCAAUACCAAAGGAAACAAUAAUGCUAUCGAAUCCACUAGUUCUGAUUCGGAAUUUGAACGCACCUAUGAGGCCAGAGGUGAUCGUAAUAAUAUUCAAAAACCAAUACAAUACCCAUCACAUUUGACCCGUAACAUUUCCGAAGAAUGUCUUCUGAUGGAUCGUUUGAGCGUUCGAACGGAAAAUACAACGAAUGUUGUACCAAUGGCAGCUGCGCGUAAACAAAUCUCUGAUGAUUGUGAAACAACACUACCAUUUAAAUUCAAUGCAAACAAUUUAUACUUUUCACCAUCGGAGAGUGAUGUAAUUGAAUCACAGCAUAAAGAUAUUUCGUUAACACUUAAAGCAAAUAGCGCCAAAGAAAAUAAUAAACCAAACUUAUCAUCGCAUAAUAAAAAUAUUCAAGAUUUGAUACUGAGAAAAAUCAACCGAGAAAUGACACCAACUAUUUCGGACGUGUAUCAUGAACGAAAUAUGGACUUGGGCCUGGCGCCACCUCUAUCGAAACUCUUGCUUAGCAAAAACUACGAGGAAAAUGACACAAAAACUAAUACAAUUAAGAAAGUCAACUCAUCUGAAACGGUGUCGGACAUAAAUUUGUCGCUUUAUGUUGGUGAAACAACAGUUCAGGAUCGUUGUGAUAUUUGUAAUAAUCCAUCAGAUGUGAUGUGCCAGUGUAAAAAUGCCACGCAAAAAUUGGUGCCAAAACCAAACUGGUUGAAUAAUUUAAAUGGAACGAUUCCAUCAGCACCAUCUAGCGAUAAUUGUAAUGGUGAUCGCCAAUCAAAAAACGAUUUCAAUGGAAAGGACAAUGAAACACCUAUUAAUAUUGACAAUGACAAAGAAUCAACUUCAGGGUCAACUCCAUUGAAACUGGGCAAUAGUCCAUAUUCAGAUCUAUCCAAACGUGACGAAGUUCGUGACGAAGGUGAUGGAAGGAGUGUAGCUGAUUCUCAAUGUUCAAAUAACUAUAAAACAAUCGAUAUAAAUGCAAAUUCGAAAUUGAGUCAGGUUCAACAAAGGAUCAACAAAUUCAAUAUGAAUAGUGCUAACAAGUCAUAAUCAAAAGUCAAAUUCCUUUAAUUUAUUAAUGGCAUUUUUAUUCGGAAAUUCAUUUUGUACAUAAUAAUAAUCAUUUUAAAUAAAUCUUUUAAAUUAUAUGCAAUUUCAACUGUU